AUGGCUGAUGAGAAACCUGUCCCCGCGCCUGAGGCUGUUGAUCAGCCAGAGGCUACCUCCGCAACCGAUAAGCCAGCUGAGAUGGAGCUGGACAAACCCACCACUGCUGAUGAGAAGCCUACUGGUAAGCUCAAAUUUGAUAUCCUAUUAUACAUGAAUCAUAUUCCCCUGGUGGAAGCUGUUUAUAUUGGGCAGCGCCUGCCUGCGACCUCUGUGUUUGUGCGACCAACGUCCGCUGAUUCACCUGUUCCUCCUCCAGAAACCACGAAUACGACCGUCGACAAGAACGAGGUUGAAGCACAGGCUGAGAAGCCUGACACCACUGAUGAUGCGACCAAGGUCCAAGAUGAGGAACAUCCAGACUCAGCUGAUGCUAAGACUGAAGCUGAUGAGCCCAACGGAACUCCUGCCUCGGCUAAGAAAUCCUCCAAGGACCGUCGCCGUUCCACCGGUUAUGCCGAUAAGAAGUUGAACCGCAAGAAGUCACAGACCCGCCUCACCCAUCUUGACGCGAAACCUGGCGACAUGUUCCUUGCACGUCUGCGCAGCUAUGCGCCAUGGCCCGCUAUCAUCUGCGACGAGGAGAUCCUACCUAGCUCCCUUUUGGACACCCGCCCUGUUACUGCUCUGCAGCAGGAUGGUACAUACCGCGCUGAUUAUGCUGAGGGUGGUCGACGAGCCCAUGAGCGUACCUUCCCUGUCAUGUUUUUCGAGACCAAUGAAUUUGCUUGGGUUGUUAACACCAACCUGACCCCCUUGGAUCCGGAGGAUUGCAAGAACAUCUCCGAGAAGAACAAGACCAAGCAGCUGAUUGGCGCCUACAAGGUUGCUUCGGAGGGUAACGAUCUCGCCCAUUUUAAGAAGGUCCUGGCAGAGCAUGAAACCGCUUUGGAGGAAGAGCGCCAGGAACUUGAGCGCGAAGUCGAAGAGAAGGCUAAGGCCAAGGCUGAUAAGGCCGCUAUGAAGACCAAGCGAAAGAGCAAGGUUGCUGAGACCGACGUUGAAAUGGAGGAUGCCGAGGAAACCAAGACACCCAAGUCCACCAAGAAGCGCAAGAAGGUCGAGACCGACGCUGAGACCGAGAAGCCUGCAAAGACUCCUAAGACCGCGACCAAGCUUAAAUUGACCACUCCGAAGGCUCCUGCUGAGGAAAAGAAGAAGACCCCGGCCACUAAGACUAAGAAGGCUGCUCCAAAGAAGGGCAAGGCUGCGGCUGCAGCUGCGCCCAGCGAUGAGGAGGAGACCCCGGAGGUCAAGGAGCCUGAAAAGCAGGUCGACCCUGAGGAGUUGAAGAAAAAGAAGGAGAAAGAGAAGCUUACUUGCUACUCAGUUUUGUUCUUGCGUCACAAGCUUCAGAAGGGCUUCAUUUCCCGCGACCAGCCUCCCAAGGAGGAAGAGAUGGACGUCAUGGCCACCUACUUUGAUAAGUUGGAGAAGCACGCCGAUUUGGAGGUUUCUAUCAUUCGCUCGACCAAGAUCAACAAGGUUCUGAAGAUGAUUAUCAAGCUCAACUCGAUUCCCCGUGAUGAAGAGUUCAAUUUCCGUCAGCGUGCUAUGGCUAUCUUGUCCAGCUGGAAGAGCGUCUUGGACAGCGAUGCUCCCGCUGCUUCGACCGACAAGGAGGACAAAGACGACAAGCCCGCUGCCAACGGUGCUUCCAAGAAGGAAGAGUCAGCUGAGACCCCUAAGGUCGAGACUGAGGAGGAAAAGGAUUCGGAGAUUAAGCCUACUAAUGAUACCCCCAUGCCCGAUGCUGAUUCUGAGAAGCCCGCUGAAGAGAAAUCCGAGUAA